UGGCGGUAACGUUACCGAUAGUGGGUUUUCCUCUGCACUUCCGUCCAUUUUCCGGCCUGUUCUAGGGUUUCGAUCUAAAGGCUCUAGGGUUUUCUGAAAAUUGUCUUCUGGUGUCAUCCUUCGCCUCCUCUCAGACUAGCUUGCCCGGUUUGAUGGAGCUGUCGGAGAUCUCCGGGGCGGCCAUAGCAAAGCGGCUCGCUUCCUGCAAGCAAUCAUCCCGCAAUCGCGCUGUUCGUCUCCUUUGCGCAUGGCUUCCCCGCAGUCACGGAGAUCCUUCCGCCGCCGGCGUGUCGGACCCCGAUCUCAUAAAGAUCUGGAAGGGCCUCUUCUUCUGCGUGUGGCACUCAGACAAGCUCGAAAACCAGGUUGAGCUCAUCAAUCGCCUCGCCAAUCUGCUCUCAUCCCUUCCUUCUCAGCUGGCUGGUCGCUAUCUCGAGUCUUUUCUGAUUACGAUCCGGCGCGAGUGGUCCGGCAUCGACUUCCUACGCCUUGAUAAGUUCUAUCUACUCAUCCGCAGAUUUCUCCGCCAUUUUUUCGUUUCCCUCAGGAACAAUACUUGGAAUCUCGACCUCACCGCUCGGAUGGUAAACAUACUCUCGCAGGGAUCCCUGCUUUCCGUCGACAAGUUCCCUGCUGCCGGCGUGAAUUACCAUAUUGCCGAGAUUUUUCUUGACGAGAUUGCGGAAUUUCUCCCGCUCGCCAAGGAAACUCUAGAUUUGUUGCUGAACCCUUUCAUCUCAGUUCUGCAGACUACAACCGAUAAGGUUUUAGUGAACAAGAUUAAAGUCAACAUCUUCGAUCGCUUGGCAUUGCAUGGUUCAAAUCUCUUAACUGAUGUGGGAGCGGCUGGUGACAAUGAGAAAUUUGGAAAGAUAGCCCUGGCAAUGGGAUUUUCAAAGACAUUCUUUAGCUUGGCUUCUGCUGCUGAGACACAGCAGGGCAAUAGGAAAAUUUUGUUUGGUUUACAUGAUAGAUAUCUCAAAUUAGAUAAGGAGCUUGAGAAAUCGGGUAUUGAUAUCUCCUUGAAAGAAUUGGAUAAUGGUAGCUCGGUGCCAGAAUGUGCAUGCGAUAUGGAAACUACUGAGGUCUUUUCCACUGACAGUUGCAGCGAUAAUGGUACGAUUAAGAAGAAGAAGAUGAAGGCCAAAAAACCAUUAGAUGGAACUGGGGCAAAUAGUAAGAUCAAGAUCAAGAAGAAGAAGAAGAAGUCUUUGGAUUCUUCCAUUGAAAAUAAUGCUAUAGACCCUGGAAGUAUGAGCAAGAGCAAGAAGCAGAAGAAGAAGCUGACAGAUUUGUCUGCUGAAGACAAUGGUGCAGAAGCAACAAUAAGAGAUUCCAGAGCAAUUGACAGCUAUGAAAAUGGUAAUUUGGAUUCCUCUGAUAGCAAUGAUAUGAUUAGAUUUGAUCAUACUUUACUUUCCAAUCUUCAGAAGCAGUUUGAGAGAGUGGCUGCUGAGGCUGGCAUGGCUAGUGUUAGCAGUGCUAAACUGUCAAAAAAGAGGAAGCGGGCAAAGAACACUGACAAUAAGCAGGUAUUUGAAAACUCUGAAAAUGCUCAUGGGGGGAGUAAAACUGAUAGAAAUGCCAAGAUGAACGUUAAGAAAGUCAGUUUCUCCAUGAAUAAAAAUUUGAUCUGGAAGCCUCAAAAUCCAUUACCUCCUCAAAACUUGAGGCUUCCUCCUUCAGUUACCCCUAGAGGUAGUGCAUUGAAGAAAGGAUUAUCUCCUGGUCCCAUUAGAGAAAGCCCUCCAACAGUAAGGAAGAUUAAGGUUAAGGGAAGCUCUAUGAAGAAGGGUAAAAAGACUUUGAAGACGGUUUCACCAGCUGUUAAGCGUUUCCGGCUGUUGCAAGGCCUUUCGGCUUAACCAAUGAAACUAUGGUGAUAUUAUUUUCAUGCUUGUGAGCUUGUAUUUCUUAGCAACAUUAUAUGAUGUUAGAUUAGCCUUUGAUUUGUUUGACAUGACGCUUUUUAAAUUCAUUUGAAUUGCACUAGAGAGAAGUGUGCUUCAAGAACUGUUAUAUGGAAUAUGUCAUUUGAAACUUCAUGUUAUGUUAAUCCUUCUUUAGCUUC